AUGCCAGUCAAGGAAGGACAAGCCAAGUUAUGGUUCAGCACUAAGGAAGAAGCUGACGCCUAUGACGAUAAAAUGAUUUCCAACAUCGAAUUGAAGUCUCAAGAUUAUGAAGAUGAAAACUUCUCACCUGUCUUCAACAGAAAGACUUAAGAAUACUUCCUCGAACCCUCUGAAAAGUUCAAGAGUGACUUCGCUGAAUUGUUGAGACCUUUGAGAUCUCUCUCCUUCAAUCAAGUUGUUGAUAGAUACGUUUUGAUCCCUCCCAACCACACCUUCUACAGAAACUGGACCUACGAAAAGUUCCUCGGUGGUUUCGGUCUCUCUUACUUAAUUCUCAGAGAAUUACCUUUAAGAAACUUCUACGCUAGAGUUUUCGUUAUGUACGCCUUUGCUGCUAAGGUUUUGGAUCAUUUGGGUAAUCCCUUCCCCUUCAGUGGUCACGGUCAAAUCGUUGCUGCUGCUGAUAGAUGGAACCAUUGGGAUGUCAGAUGUUACGACAAUGUCAUGAAGGCUCUUAAAUACAUCAGAAUUCCUACUGUUCAAAACAACAUUCCUGAAGCUACCAGAUGGUACGGUAGAUAACCCGGUCACUUGUUAAGAGCUGAUACUUACUGGAUUCCUAACUUGGUUUCUCAAAGAUUUGCUAAACACCAACCUGCUCAUUGGGAUGGUACUCAAAAUAUGCCCAUCUUCAGAUUGGCUGAUCCUAAGCACAAGGAUUCUUACAUGGUCCAAUUCAGAUGA